GGGGUGCUAAACAUGGGUGCGAAGAAGAAUGAGCAGGCAUGCAGCGCUUGUCCAAUGUCCUGCUCUCAAACAUAUAUAUUCGACUGAGGUUCUAGAGGGGACCUGGGACCCUGUCAUCUUAACUGGCUGUCGAUGAACAAGGCGAGGAAAUUCAAGUGCUUCAUCGAAUUAAAGCUUGACUUCGGCAACGGGCAACAUAACCGCAUAUCUCGUCUCCAGAAUCUGCCACUCAAUCACUUACACCAUACUCUCAUAAGCCAAUUCGCCUCAUUCCAUAUUUUCCUUCUCUUUCUUUGCUAGUCUAUCGGCUUAGCCACACACCCAUCUAUCUAUUUCUUCAACAUCACACAUUUUCCCUCACUUUGAACCAAUAAAGAUAUCCCUCUAGCCUUUGCCCUAUAGGCAAUCUUGAAACCCAUAACGAUACUUUACCUUUUCAGCUCGGCAUUAAUCAGAACCCUUCCAUAUCAUCCUAGAUUCCGGAAGUGUACCAGAAAUUUGCCGUUGAGGUGGAAAGUAGCCAUAGAGAUUAUCAAGAUCUCUCGAACUUGGGGAAGAGCGACACAAUUUUAGCCCGGGCUUGCAACUGCCUCGUCGGAACUCUCUACAUCCAUCACUGCCAUCAAUACCACCACUUCACGGACUUCUUCCUCGAAAGAGUAUUCUUGUACCCUAUAUACAAAGAUAAAUUCUAAUUAGAGUUCGUCACUUGUAUUUUGUUUGUUCUUAUACAAACAGACUUAGAUGAAAUACAUCGCUUCAACACAUUUUCCCCUGCUCGACAACGAGAACUUUGAUGUAUCAUUUGCGUCACAGUCUCAUAGCCUCAUAUAAAGUCUUCAUAUCACCUCAUUCUACAAACAGUAAGGUAUAGUACUUACUUGAGAAAGAGCUCAAAGACGUUACUCAGUUCAACCACUCGAUCACUUUGGUUGGUCCGAGAGCAUUAGAAAGGAAAGCCCUUUUGUCCCUGCAUUUCUUAUCCGCGCCAUCAUUUUGUCCAAGUCGAGUACCGAGUAUCGCUGCUCGUGAAGCACCAAUCAGAACUGCUUAAGAUCUUACUCACCCGGUCCUUUACAUCAGUCGCAUAUUGUCAGUUUUCGUUUCUUCAAUACACGCCCGUUGAAUCUUGACUUUGUAUAUCUACGAGUCCACCUGAAUCAAAGUCUCGACGGUCUUGGAUUGCUUUACAUUCACGGCAUUGAUACCUUCGCCAAGAGUGCCUCAAUUACCAUAGUCAUCAUCAAAGUGGAGAAUUCUGUCCAUUGGUUUUCGCAUCUGAUAUUUCAAGGAUCUCCUCGAUAUCAAGUUCAAUCUCAAAACAACGAGAUACCAAGCCCAGAACCUCCACAGUUUCUUGAACAUCAGAGGCGGUUCUCUCUCGUUCCUUGCCAACGUUUCUUCGCGUCUACAUACACAUCUUGACAGACAGUACAGUCCUCUGGCAUACAUCAUAAAAUCGAAAGGAAGAGACACUGUAGCUGCAGACUGUCCUGGACGGCACUAUCUCGAAGGGACCUCGGCGACGUCGAAGAUUAUCCAGGCCUAUAACCACCAAUAGGGUUAUACAUCAUUUUGAACGCUAUCAAGAAUCCAGGACACAUGCUUCCUGAUCUUCUCUCAUCCAACGCCAGUACUUUCUGGUCGUCCUUGAUUCUACCUACACCCUUACACCCACUCUCAAAAAUCGAUUACGCUCACCUUCAUCGCGGCCACGAGACGCCAUACAUCAACAAGAUCAAGGAAUCCCAUCUUCUUACCCAUCAAUACCAAGCUCCUUCACAGUUGUUUGUUUCCGAGUUGGUAAUCAGGAGUCAAAAUCAAACUCGGACUCGGACUCGGACUCAUUAACGCCAGCCAAACUUACCUGUAUCGCAAGUACAACUUCCCGGUAAAUAACGAGACUUCGGAUAUAGAAGAGCAUCUUGCCUACCUCCUAUCUCCUCUAUCCCUGAACCCAUUUCUUGUUAUUUUUCAGUCACACAAUACUCGAACUAUCGAUUUUAUACACCUGUAGCGCAAGCACAGCUUAAGAGUAUACGAUCGAAUCGGUGAAUACAAAGAUCUCGAAAAUAGACAAAGUAAUUUAUAAUAAUAAGUAUGAAUUCUCAACCAUCGCACGACUUCGCGCAGGCUCAAUCUCUCCAGAUUCCUGGAUUACAAAGCCAAGACUGCAAACUCAUCAUCAGACAACAGCCUCGCUAUGCGAGAGUCAACAUGGGCAAAGAGAAAGACCGUCGAGCAGUCGACCCUCCGCCCGUUGUUCAGCUUUUGAUAUCUCACGCGGUCGAUCCCAGUGAGCGUUACAUUAUAAACCCACAUUUCUUUAUGAAGAGUAGCCUUACGCCAGUCACAGAUAUGCAAGCUGGGACAUCCCAUGGAGCUUUGCUAGCAGGCACCACUGUUUCAUCUUGUCAUCGCCUCAAGGAUCCGGAAACUGACGAAUGGGGCGCGUAUUUUGUAUUUGGCGAUUUGUCGGCCAAGAUAGAAGGUACCUAUAUAUUGGAGUUCAAUCUUUUCGAGAGCCGCGAAGAUGAAGUGAUUUGGAUGGGAUGCAUAUCGUCUGAUCAAUUUAAUGUAUAUUCAUCGAAAGCGUUUCCUGGAAUGAUGGAAUCCACCACUAUGACCAAAAAGUUCCAGGAACAGGGGCUCAAAUUGAGGGUUCGUAAGGAGCCUCGGUCGUUGCUCAGAAAGCGCGGUCCUGCAUUUGAUGAUUACGAGCCCAAGAAGUAUCGUGCUCGGAUUCAAGAUCCGGACGAAGAUUCAGGUUCUCCCGAGGCAAGUAAAUACAGCGAACAACAACAAGCUCCCCAUCAGACUACACGCAUGCAGAAUAGAUACUCCGUCUAUUCUCAGGAAUCUUCGUCGCCGGAAGAGCGCCGAUUAAAGCGUGUAAGGACUAAUACCCUUUCAAGCCAAUCGCAAAGCCCAAAUUUCAAUCAACAAGCUUCUGCAGAUUCACUUCAAUGGCAUAGAGGGUACGCUAAUUUACAGCAGCAGCAGCAGCAGCAGCAGCAACAACAACAACAACCUUCUUUUGCUGGCCAUCAUGUUCCAAGCCAACACCCUUUGCAGAGUUACAACGACUAUAACUCUUCAAAUUAUGCACAUUCUCCCCAGGAAAUGACUACGCCGGUUCGAGAUCAGUUCUUUUCGAAUCAACUCUCGAAUACCCACAUCCAUGACUCGCCUCAGCCUAGAUCUUUACAGUUCGAUAUGGGUAAUCAGCGCCCAUCUCCCACAUACUAUCAUGCGCAUUCGCAAGGGCCACUGCAUUCAACCGUUCCUAUAUUGUCAGAGCCCAAUCCCUUGAAUCACAGACAGGCAACCGCCAACUAUCAAGCCAUGGGAUACCCACCAAGAACACAUAUCUCACACGGCAGUCUUACCGGAAUGCUACCGCCAUCAAAUAUCGGGAGGAAUCCUAUUCCAUCUGGAUUUCCCGGAUAUCGGAGAGACACUGCAUAUGAAACACUGCCAGGAGAAAGUCUUAGCAUAGGGCAAUAUCCAGAGCAGGGCCAUUUCGGCGUGCCUCUUAGAGAUCCUUACGAAAGUCGACCCCCCGCACAUAUUGUGACCACAUCGCAACCAGAAUAUUAUCAAUAAGGUCACAAAGAAUUAACAUUUAUCGGGCGAAACAUGCGUUGUAUCGACCUUCAUCUAAAAGGACAUGUCAUCCGUAACAAAAUACCCAUUUCAUUUAUCCGUUUCCUUGCAUAACACCAUGCUCAGUUUUUUUUUUUUUUCUUCACCAUUUGCGGCCGUAUGGCCUUCCUGGGUUUCAUUUGUUUGUUCCUCGGGUAGGGACUGGCUAUAUAGGCGGAUCUUGAAGCCUCUCUUUUUCUUGCGUCAUUUUCUGGUUCGGGGCUGGGUGCAUAUAGCAGGGUCUGGUAUGGAGAUACCGGGCAGCUUCGAGGCGGCGCUGGGCAUGCCUAAAACUCGCACAUACUCAUCUGAAUAGCGUUCUCUUCAUAUUUCCUUUUUGUCGAUUACACUCCCGUCAUCAUCAUUUCUUUACAAGCGUCUUCUUUUUCUUCAAUCGCAGGUUCGCGAAUUGUUUCUUCGGGCCGGUAUACCCAGGGUGAUCUUGGUACUCACGCGAAGGGCCGUGAUAAAAAAAAUUGGAAAUAGGGCUUCGGUCAAUUGGGCAUUGGGAAUUGGGCAUUGGGAAGAGCUGGGUAAGGCAGCAAUAGGAAGGGAUUUGGGUGGAUGGAAAUUGUAUUAUAGGAUGGGCGGGUUGGCGAAAAAUCGAAGAAGGAUGCAUCAGUUGCAACGACGGCGGCGGAAAUUUCAUAUCGGAUGCUGCAAUUACAAUAAUUGACAGCUGGAAAGAUUGGCUGGGAUUGGGAGGCUUGGGGCAAAGCAAGGAAUGGGAAGGAAAGGGAAGGGAAAGGAAAAAAGAUGCCGGCGAGCUUGGGGGCGAAAGGGUGCACAUAUAUAGUAAUAAUUGGGAGGCUCAAUGUAGCAUAGCAUACCACCCACGUAUAGUAUAGUAUUCCGCAAAGUUGGAUUACAUUUAUUCACAUGUAAAUACGUAAAUACAAGGAAUCGCGCACGGGAAUGCGUCCA